CGUCCCUCCCGCCUCCGGUCCCGCGCAAGCCUUCCUCGCUCGUCUCCGCCGCGUCUGGCUCGCCCCCUCCCACCCACAGGGCCUCCUUCCCCGACCCCGCCAGGCAUCCAAAGAUGGGCGCCACCGUCCCAGGCCCAAAGCCCAAGACCGGCUACUGCUGCAGCAUCGACAAGGACAUCUCCGCCGGCGAGCAGGUUCAUAUUGUCGACGCCCUCAAGACCACAGAGGGCGGCACAGCGAGCUACAUCACCUAUGUCAUCCGUCUCGGAACUCAUACAGUCCGGCGCCGAUACUCGGCUUUUCUCUCUCUCCACCAAUCGCUCACUGGCCUUUACCCCGUCCUGAUCAUCCCUCCGAUCCCUUCCAAACAAUCACUUACAGACUAUGCUGUCAAGGGGCAAAGCAAAGCCAGAGAAGAUGCCACAAUCAUUGCUCGUAGGAAGAGGCUGCUUGAAGAUUUUUUGCAAAGACUGAUCAGACAUCCCAUUCUGGGAGGAGAACAUGUUCUGCAUCGUUUCUUGGAGGAAGACGUCAGCUGGUCCGAAGUUCUCCAUUCUCCACCAAUCUCGCUGCUCUCAAAGAACCCUUUACACGCCCCGUCACAUAAUCCGACUUUCCAGCCGACUACCCCGACGUCUCCGUCUGAGGCUCCUGCGACAACGUCCUACAUCGCCCACCAUCUUCUUCCGACCCCAUCCCCAUCUCAUCCUUUGCGCCAACCUGACCAGCGAUUCAUGGAUUCCGAAGCUUUCACUGAAAAGUUCCAAUCCCAUUUUUCUGGAACCAUGGAGAAGGUCAACAGGCGAGUGACCAAACGCUGGGGAGAAAGAGCGCACGACAUGUCGGAGCUUGGUGGUAUCUGGAAUGGUUUCAGCUUGGUUGAGCAAGGCAAACUUGGCGAUGCAAUUGAAAAAGUUGGACGCGCUGUUGAUGCAGAGUAUCUGGCUACUGCCGCCUUGUUACAAUCAUGGGAGAAAACAACGACUGAACCGCUUCACAUUUACUCUCAAUUUGCCACUUUAAUCCGGGCUCGUCUGUCCUUUAGGCACCAAAAACACGUCCAGUAUGAGCUCGUCCAAGAGGCUCUCGAGACUCAGCGGGAUAAACUGGAAAUUCUUGAAAACGCUGAGCGUGAGGCAAGGAGGUUGGAAGAAGCUCUAGAACGGGGUGGUAGUGUCCUCGCUAGUCCUCAGCUAGAGCCCGAAGCUGCUCGAGAUGAACGAGAGCGAGCUCAAAGGCGAGCAAGAGCAAGUCAAGGAUUUGGGUUGUUGUCUGCUGUCAAGCAUAGUCUAAGUGGGAUGAUUGAUAUGGACCCUGAGGCGACGAGAAGGGCCAAUAUUGCCAAGACUAGGGACAAUAUUUCACAACUUGAAGACUCUUAUCAAGCAGCAGCACAAGAUCUCAAAUACGCGUCCAUGACACUGCAAGCCGACCUGGACAGAUUCCAAAGGCAGAAAGUCGCUGAUCUUCGAGAAAUGGCCAUCAAUCUGUCUCAAGUGCAUAGGGACUGGUGCAAGCAGAACCUUGAGGCUUGGAAAGCUGCCCAGGCUGCGGUCCGAGAGAUCGACCCCCAUCCUAAUCGGCCUGCUCAAACUCAAACGCAAGUGCAAUCACAGCAAUCGCAUGCGGGGCCGUCGACGUUGCAUGCUCAAACGGAGGAUGAUGUUUCCAAACUCGGCGUAGACGCAAUGAAAAAUGAGAUUGAGAGGGUGGAGAUUGAGAUUGCCGAUAAACCUUUACCUAAGCCUUCUUUGGCCGAAACCGGAGGAGAUGGGGUUGUCCCUUCUCCUCAGCCGAGGCAAGAGAAUGAUACCGAGGAACAGGAGGGGCAUGGACCAUUGGGGCCGUUGUAACAUGAUGUCUGUGAUUAAGAAAUUGCUUGUGAAAAUGUGUAAAAAUGACAGAAAUAUUCCGGCUUUUGAGGUUUUUACAUGACAUUGUGAUGAUAAGCACAUUCAGAGUUUUCUUCGCGUUGAUGGUACGAUUGAAAGUUCAUGAAAUAACUCCUGGUUAGCAGCGUCUCCUUGGGCGGUCCGUCAUAUAAUUUCUCCCUCGGUACAGGUCAGUACCUACUUGCGGGGCGUUUUUUGGCCACAAAAGACAGUCGGGGUCCACAUGGAUAAUCUUGUACACAUGCAUUUUUUCAAG